CCCUUUCUGCUCUCAUCCGCAAUGUUUCGGGCCGUGUCGCGGUCUGUAGCCCGCCAGAGCCGGUCUCUUAAGCCACCGCAACGAACAAUCCAACUCCUACGACCGCUCUCCACAACCGCGUGCCGCAUGUCGAGCGCUCCCCUAAAACCAGUAGAUCCACCGGUAUCGACAGCGUUGCCUGGGGAUUCAUUCCAGCUUCUCGCCGAAGCGUCCAAAGCGGGCCAGGCCGAAGAUGCGCUUUUCGAUGAGCAGGUACAACAGGUGAAAGAUUGGUGGGCGUCACCACGGUAUAAGGGCAUCAAGCGACCGUACUCGCCAGAGGAUGUCGUGAGCAAAAGGGGAGCUUUGCAGCAAACAUAUCCCAGCUCGUUAAUGGCGCGCAAGCUAUUCAAUCUGUUCGAGGAGCGAGCAGCAAAGGGCGAGCCGGUGCAUACAAUGGGUGCCAUUGAUCCUGUGCAAAUGACCCAGCAAGCUCCGAACCAAGAAGUUCUCUAUGUCUCUGGGUGGGCUUGCUCUUCCGUCCUGACCACCACUAACGAAGUAUCUGCCGAUUUUGGCGACUACCCCUACAACACUGUUCCCAAUCAAGUUCAGCGACUUUUCAAAGCCCAACAACUUCACGAUCGGAAGAAUUGGGAUAACCGAAGGAAGAUGAGCCCAGAAGAGCGGGCAAAGACACCAUAUCUCGAUUACAUGCGACCUAUCAUUGCCGACGGAGACACUGGUCAUGGCGGUCUAUCAGCCGUGAUCAAAUUGGCCAAACUCUUUGCUGAAAACGGUGCGGCUGCUGUUCACUUCGAGGAUCAACUCCAUGGUGGGAAGAAGUGUGGUCACCUCGCAGGAAAAGUCUUAGUGCCCGUGGGCGACCACAUCAACCGUCUCGUAGCUGCCCGCUUUCAAUGGGACGUAAUGGGCUGUGAGAACCUUGUCAUCGCGCGUACCGAUUCGGAGAGUGGAAAGUUGAUUUCCAGCGCCGUUGACGUUCGCGAUCACGAGUUCAUCAAAGGUGUCACGGAAGAAACCGAGCCACUGUCCGAGACGCUUCAAGAGAUGGAGGCAGCCGGAGCCCCGGGCAGCGAAAUCGACGCGUACGAAGCAGCAUGGGUGAAGAAACACAAACUCGUCACAUUCGAUGAGGCCGUCAAGCAGCAUCUCGAGAAAGAAGGCGCAGCCCAAUCACAAAUAGACAACUACCUCCAAGAAACGAAAGCCAACCCCGACCUCUCCCUCCCUAAACGUCGCAAGCUCGCCGCAAAAUACACCAAAUCCCCCGUGUUUUUCAGUUGGGACAUUCCCAGGACCCGGGAAGGUUUCUACCACUACGAAGCCGGCAUGAAAGCAGCAACGAAGCGUGCUAAGGAAUUCGCUCCGUACGCCGACCUCCUCUGGGUCGAAACCGCGGGUCCCAACGUCGAAAAAGCAGCGAGUUUCGCAGGGGAAAUUAGAGAGAAAUAUCCCGGCAAGAAAUUCGUGUAUAACCUUUCUCCUAGCUUUAACUGGAUGGGCCAGGGCUUCUCGGAAGAGUCGCUCAAGAGCUUCGUUUGGGAUCUUGCGAAGCACGGAUUCGUAAUGCAGCUCAUCUCCCUCGCGGGGCUCCACUCCACCGCUACAAUAACCUGCGAGCUGUCCCGCGCCUUCAAGGACGAAGGCAUGCUCGCCUACGUCAAACUCGUGCAGUCUCGUGAAAAGGACCUCGGGUGCGAUGUGCUCACGCACCAGAAAUGGAGCGGAGCUGGCUACAUUGAUGGGAUUCUAGGCUCAAUUCAGAGUGGGAGCAGUGGGAGUAAGAGUAUGGGUGAGGGGAAUACAGAGUCAGGUGAGUUUGUGCUGUCCCAGAGUUGUUUUCCUCCCCCGAUUCGAUCAAUCGAUGGUUAG